AUCUCCUGCAGAGAUCAUCCUACAAGCCCCUGACAUGCAGGGCUUAUUGGCUCAGACAGGCAGCAUAUAUGUCAACCAUCCGAAGACCGGGCUGUAGGCCCCAGGCAGAGGGUGCAAAACCAGAUUCUUAAGCAACAUUCAUGACAGAAGUGUUCCAUGAGCAGGGCAUCCUCUUCGGCUACCGACAUCCACAGAGUUCCGCCACUGCCUGCCUCCUCAGCCUUUUUCAAAUGACCAAUGAGACCCUCAACAUCUGGACGCACUUGCUGCCCUUCUGGUUCUUCUCGUGGAGGUUUGUGAGCACCCUGCAAGCGACGGACAUCCUGAACGACAGCUACUCCUGGCCUCUGCUAGUGUACAUGGGCGCCAGCUGCUUGUUCCCCCUGGCGUCCAGCUGUGCACACACCUUCAGCUCCAUGUCCAGAAACGCCCGCCACAUAUGCUACUUCCUGGACUAUGGCGCCGUCAACCUCUUCAGCCUGGGCUGUGCCAUCGCCUACUCAGCCUAUGUUUUCCCGGACACGCUGGUGAGCACCACCUUCCAUGACUACUACCUGACCCUGGCCGUGCUGAACACCAUCGUUAGCAUCUGGCUCUCCUGCUAUUCCAGGUUUUUUGAGAUACAGAAGCCUGGGCUCUGCAAGAUGCUUCGUGUCCUGGCCUUUGCUUUCCCCUACACCUGGGACUCCCUUCCCAUCUUAUUCAGGGUAUUCUUGUUCCCCGGGGAAAGUGCGGAGAACGAAGCCACCUUGUACCACCAGAAGCACAUGGCCAUGACCCUCCUGGCCUCUUUCUUCUACUCUGCGAAUCUGCCAGAGCGCCUGGCCCCUGGACGCUUCGACUACAUCGGUCACAGUCACCAGCUGUUUCAUGUGUGUGUGAUCCUGGCCACGCACAUGCAGAUGGAAGCCAUCCUUCUGGACAAGACUCUGAGGAAGGAGUGGCUCCUGGCCCACUGCAGGCCCCUGUUGUUCGCCCAGAUAGCCGGAGCCAUACUUCUAUGCCUCAUCUUCAGCCUCAGCAACAUAGUUUAUUUCUCAUCUGCUCUGUAUCGGAUUCCCGAGCCGGAAUUACAUAAAAAGGAAACCUGAUUCACACCAUAAGCUUUUCGUACCAACUGUCAGCAUUAAGCUACAACAUCCUAACUACCAUAAGCAGUGGCGUGGUCCCAGUUUACAAUGGCCUAAAAUAUUUAUAAUGCUUGA